AUGGGAUCCGCGGCGGAGCCAGCAUACCUGUACAAGAAUGUCACCCAUGACCCAACGGUCCCUUCCGUAAAGUCAGCCGAGGGCAUUUAUAUUUUCCUCGAAAAUGGACAGAAAAUACUAGACGCCACGAGCGGAGCGGCUGUUUCUGCAAUCGGCCACGGCGUAGGUCGUGUCAAGAAGGCUAUAAUGUCCCAACUUGACCAAGUGGAGUACUGCCACCCUGGAUUUUUCCCAAAUACACCAGCAAUGGACCUUGCAGAUCUUUUGGUCGAGUCCACAGGAGGAAAGUUGUCUCGGGCGUGCAUUCUUGGAUCUGGUUCCGAAGCCGUCGAAGCGGCCAUGAAACUGGCUUAUCAGUACUUCGAGGAGCAGUCGCCGAACACACGGCGAACCAGGUUCAUUUCCAGGCACGGUUCGUGGCAUGGGUGCACUUUAGGAGCAUUGGCAUUAGGAGAUUUUAAGCCGAGGAAGACUCGAUUUAAUUCCAUUUUGACCUCUAAUAUCUCCCAUGUCUCAGCGUGCGAUCCAUACCACGGCCUCAUGGAAAAUGAGGAUCCGGAGACAUAUGUAGCUCGACUCAAGGACGAGCUGGACAACGAGUUCCAACGACUUGGGCCUGAAACGGUCUGUGCGGUUUUCCUGGAACCGAUGGUCGGGACGGCCCUGGGCUGUGUUACUGCACUACCAGGAUAUUUGCAAGCCGUGCGGGAUGUAUGCGACCGCUAUGGUGCCCUCCUAGUCUUCGACGAGAUUAUGUGCGGCAUGGGCCGGACCGGAAUCACACAUGCCUGGCAGGAGGAUGGCGUCGCUCCAGAUAUUGAGCUCGUAGGAAAGGGUCUCGCCGCCGGAUAUGGAACCAUUUCUGGGUUACUUGUCAACGACCGUGUCUUGGAUGGAUUGAGACACGGUGGUGGGUAUUUUGUCCACGGUCAGACCUACCAGUCCCACCCCCUGGGCUGCGCAGCAGCAGUCGAGGUCCAGCGUAUUAUCAAAGAGGAAAACCUCGUUGAGAACUGUCGCAAGAUGGGUCAGUAUCUGGGCCAACAACUAAAGCUACACCUGGGCGAUCAUCCAUACGUCGGAGAUAUCAGAGGGCGUGGUCUCUUUUGGGCAGUUGAAUUCAUGGCUGAUCCACCCACCAAGACUCCUUUUUCUCCGGCAUUCACCAUCAGCAAGCGCAUGCAGUCCAGGGGAAUGGAAAGGGGAUACGAUAUCUGCCUAUUUGCCGCCACUGGUGCGGUUGAUGGUUGUAAUGGUGACCACGUGUUGCUUGCACCACCGUACAUUGUCCAUAAAGAAGAUGUGGACGAGAUCGUGAGUCGUCUUGUUCGAACUAUUGACAGUGUAUUUGAAGAUGUAGCUGCGCUAGUUAUGUGA